CCGCGACCUUUACCAUUUCAUCAAUCAAUAUUAUAUGGGACAAAUAAUACAGGCCAGUAAGGUACUCUGGUUUACUCAAUUAAAAUAAGCAAGCUCGAGAUGCGUCGACCGAACCUUAAGUCAUAACAUCACCUUACCUUGAACAGAUGUUAGCAUUCAAGCCGACUGUUUACAUACAAACUAUAGUAUGUUGUAUUAAGUAGGUAACCACAUCAAGUGUUCCUCGUACAUCUAAAUAUUUCCUUAUUGUGAUCAUUCGUGUCAAACCUGUUGCAUAAUUUGCGCGUCCGAAAAUAAUUACAAGUUUAUAUUGAGCCAUUUCCAAAAAUGUUUAUCAGAAUAGGAUUUUUAUUGGUGAUAUUAGCAAGCAGUGAUGGUGUUUUAUACUCAAGUUUCUGGGCUCCACUGUUUAAUCCGAGGAUACUGAAUUACCGUGUGGAUGCUGCGAUGGACCCCGACGCGGGAAAAGGCAAUAGAGAGGCUUAUGUGAACAAUUACGGAGCGAGGGGCGAGAGGCUGAUCGCCGACCUCGGCAAUGGUAAAGGCCCUGCAGAUAUUCCACUGAUUGACAAGGGAACUGAAGAUGUGAAGUUUUACUAUACAUACCCUGGAGCCCAGACAAGGUAGUAAGUGAAAAGAUAGUAUUUUUGAUUGUGAGAGAACAUAAAUAAUAUUAUUGGAAUUAAUGUGGUCAGUUAUUUCCCUGACAUGUCCCUAAAAUUCAAAAUACUUUAUUCUGAGACGUACCCAUAAAUAACUAGAUAAAGCUCAUAUGAAUGUGGUAAUUGGGAGAUUUUAUAAUUGCCACUUUAAUUUUGAAGAAAUGAAAAUUACAUUUACACUAAAUAUUUGGAUUAUGGUCUUCAGAAUAAAGUAA